AGCUUGUCCUUGAUUGCUCUUGUGUGUGUUGGACGCUUGCGAGCAGCGCUUUGCGUCGAGGAUUUGAAGCGCAGCAAGAGGAUCCCAAGCUUUGUCGGAUUGUUUAUUGCAGAGUGCCAGGAGAGUAUCAAGGGAGCAAUUCAGGACUUGGCCGGGGUGUGAUUGAUUGCGGAGAGCUUGAGAGACGCAUGUGAGUUUGGAGGACAGCAAGCAUGGCGGCGUUGCAAUACUUGGAGAAGCAGAGGGCAGCUCAGCCGGAGCUCGCCGAGUGGUACGCCAGCAUGGCCGAUCUGUACCAGCGCAAGCUUUGGCACCAGCUCACGCAGAAGCUCGACCAGUUCGUGGCGCUCACCGUGUUCCAGGCGGGAGACACCCUUGUUCAGCUUUACCAUAACUUUAUUCGGGACUUCGAGACCAAGAUCAAUCUGCUUAAGCUGGCUCAUUUUGCGGUCAUUGUAUCGAAGCAGUAUCCGGAAAAAGGUGCUGCUGUUGCGUAUCUCGAGGAGGUCAUUGAGAAGCUUAGGACUUCCGGGGAGAGGCGGGUUGAUGAACCAAUUCUCUACGUGAAGAUGCAGGUUGCGGCAUUGAAGCUGCAGCGUGGGGAAAUUCAGGAGUGCAAGAAGCUGCUAGAAGAGGGAAGAACUACAUUGGAUAGCAUGACUGACGUUGAUCCUUCGGUUCAUGCGAGUGUUCACUGGGUCUCCUCACAGUAUUAUAAGUCCCGGCAAGAAUUUGCCGAGUUUUACAAGAGCGCCCUGCUGUACUUGGCGUAUACAUCUGUGGAGACUCUGUCAGAAGACUUCAAGCUGGAUCUUGCAUUUGAUCUUUCACUGGCGGCCUUGUUGGGGGACAACAUCUAUAACUUCGGAGAGCUUCUUGCCCACCCUAUCGUCAAGAGUCUAUUGGGGACAAGUGUAGAGUGGCUGUAUUUUAUCUUGCAAGCCUUCAAUGCUGGAGAUUUGACCAAAUAUCAAGAGCUUUGCGGUCAAUACCAAUCUGCUCUAACUGCACAGCCUGCACUUGUAGAGAACGAGAAGAAACUGUGGGAAAAGAUAAACAUUCUAUGCCUCAUGGAGUUGAUUUUCAGCCGCCCAUCAGAGGAAAGGACUAUCGAACUUAGUUUGAUUGCUGAGAAGACCAAGCUGUCGCUGGAUGAAGUGGAGCAUCUUUUGAUCAAGAGUCUGUCUGUACAUCUGAUUGAGGGCGUUAUCGAUCAAGUCGAUGGAACAGUGCGUGUAUCAUGGGUACAGCCACGAGUUUUGGGAAUCCCUCAGAUUAAUGCAUUGAAAAACAGGCUAGACAAUUGGUUGCAGAAAGUACAUACAACUUUGUUAGCUGUUGAAGCAGAAAUCCCAGAUCUUUUAGCUGUUUAAAUUAGUUGCCACCUCUGGAAUUGUUCUUCUUUUUUUAGAAAUAGGAUGCCAAACAAGAGGACUUGAGAGUAUGUACUAUUUUUGCCCUCAACCACAGCAUUGAAGCCGCUCGGGUGUGGGUGGAGUUCUGUUCUACAGGAAAUAAGAUGUUCUCUGACGUUCAUUCUUUAAUGACUGUAAUUUUUUGUUA